AUGAAUACUGCAAACAAUGACAAUCAAAUCCAGCCAAUAACUUGUGAUAUCCCAGAUGUAAUUCCUGUUGGGGAUCCACGCUUAUUACCAUUAGACCAUCCAAUGCCAACAGUCGUUCCUGCACCAGGUACUGAUGAUUAUGAAGUUCCAAAGAUGAAAAUCGGAUUUGGCCCAGAAGUUGAUCAAGCAAAACCUCAAUAA